GAGCCCAUCAUGGCGACGCCCCCGCCCCCUAAACGGCGGGCGUUGGAGGCCACGGCGGAGAAAGUGCUGCGCUAUGAGGCAUUCAUCAGCGAUGUGCUACAACGGGACCUGCACAUGGUGAAAUGAGGGUCUCAGAGGGUCAUGAUAUGAGGUGUCCCAAGAGGGACAGGAUCACCUGUUGGUCACCAUUGGACUCUCACCCCAUCAGAAAGGUGCUGGACCAUCGUGACAAGGUAUAUGAGCAGCUGGCCAAAUACCUUCAACUGAGAAAUGUCAUUGAACGACUCCAGGAAGCUAACCACUCGGAGUUAUAUAUGCAGGUGGAUUUGGGCUGUAACUUCUUCGUUGACACAGUGGUGCCAGACACUUCACGGAUCUUUGUGGCCAUUGGAUAUGGUUUUUUCCUGGAGCUGACAUUGGCAGAAGCUCUCAAGUUCAUUGAUCGUAAGAGCUGCCUCCUCACAGAGCUCAGCAACAGCCUCACCAGGGACUCCAUGAAUAUCAAGGCCCAUAUCCACAUGUUGCUAGAGGGGCUUAGAGAGCUACAAGGCCUGCAGAAUCUCCCAGAGAAGCCUCUUCACUGACUUCUGCACUCUUCCCCGACAUUAAAGAGCCUGAAUGCCUUUGA